CUGAUUUCCAGUUCGCGUUUGUUGCCCGUGAAGGAUGCCUUCUGCCAACCCUAAACUAGAGAAACAGGCCUCUACGGAGACCGUAGAACCUAUACGCCAGGCGAUAAUCGUUAUCGAACAUAAAAUACGGAAUCUUGAAAAACGUAAGGUCAAAUUGGAAUCAUACAAAGAUCUACAAAAAAAUGGAAGGGAAUUGAACACAGAUCAAAAGACAGCCGUGGCCAAAUAUGACGAAGUAUUACAAACGUUGGAUAUUACAAGAGAAUUAUAUAAGCAAAUUCUUGGCAUUGCACAAGAAGCAGUUAAACAACAAAAAAAAAUGGCGAGAAAGGAAGCAAUUGAAAGGAUGCAGCAGGAUAUUGCAAAAGUGCGAGAGGUUCUUCUUAUACAGGAUGCUUUGAUGAACAUGGGAACAGACUCUAUUAGAGAGGAUUUUCUUACUGGCAAAAAUGGUGCUGUGAAAUUAUCAGAGGAGGAUUUAAAAUAUUUGGACAGCCUAUAUAAUGAAGUUAUGACAAAACAUCAUCGGGAAGGUGAACCAACUUUCCUUCAACAAGUACAAAAAGUAGCAGAACAUUAUGUAGCUAUUGUUGAUGGAAAACAAAGAGAAGUUGUUGGUACAACAUAUAACAAAUUAAAGGAAAUUAUUAAUUCCAUUAACCAGUGUGGCUAUUUCGAUCAAGUCCGUGAAGUCGAAACUGCAGUAGAAGUUACAGAAGCAAUUGCAGAGACACAAGUAUCUGAAAUUCCUGCACAAGAACAAAUCAGUGAAGAAUAUAGUAGCAGCGAGAGACACAUUCCACCAGAGUCUAUGAUUCCUAUUCCUAAUUUUCCAGUGCAAGUUGCUCCUCUUCCUGUAGUUUCUGGCACUGCCCCUGUUUCUGGUCCUAUUCCUGUAGUGGCACAACCAAUUCCACCGCAUCCUGCUGCACCAGUCGAAACAUCUUACUACACAAAUGCUACAGGAUUUAUUCCUCAACCACAACAGCAGCAGCAGCAGCAAUCUCAACAAACGCAGCAACAGCCACCACAAGCCCCUAGAAUUAACGAUGUCAUAGGAACGCCAAAUUUCUUUUUCCUGCAAGAAUCUGAGCUUGAUUCGCCAGACGUCACGUCACAGGCACCUAUUGUUUCACACCAACCAGUGAUAUACCAACAUCAACCACCACAGGAUAUGUCCCACAUACCUGGAUUCGCUAAUCCGAAUCCACCUCCGCCUAUUCCAAUGCCACCGUCUCACCAACAACCGAACAUGCAGUAUAGUCCACAGCAUCCUGCAAACUUUCAACAACAACCACAGCAACAAACUCCUUCACAACAAAUACCACAGCAAACACAGACACAGAACUUUGAACAUCAACAAGAGAAUCAGCAAACCACAGAGGAGAAGACAGAAGAAAACCAAGACGAAACAAUAGCACCAGAAUCUGAAUUGGAACAACCAAAUGAGCCUGUAGAUUGGUGUCAAAUAACUGACGCUAACGAUUGGAAUCAGGUGGAUCAAUCGCAACAACCUACUCAAGAUUCACAACAAGAACAACAACAACAACAACAAACGUCUCAGCAAGCUUGGGGCGAUCAACAACGCAGUGGGUACAAAGGUAGGGGUGGAAAGAGAGGCAAUUCUAAUGGGUACAAUGGAAGGGGUAGGGGCAGCGGUUAUCAACAGAAUGGACGUGGUGGACAAGGAACGUAUUAUCGUAACGAUAGCAAUUAUCAGAACGGUUACCAACAACGUUCUUGGGGAAAUAACGAAGGUAACGGCGGUUAUAACUCUGGCUAUAAAAGGGGUGGUGGUGGACCAAGAGGAGGUCCGCGAGGUGAGCGUGGCAUGGAUAGAGGAAGCCGAGGACAGUUUCGUGGUCAAAGGGGUGGAAACCGUGGUGGUUACACGCCCCGUGGUAAACCCCAUGCACAACAGUAAUUAAAACGCGAUAGAACAGUGCACAGUGAAACAUUAUAAUAAUGUUGUAAGAUCAUAAUUCAGUUGUCUAUUUAUGAAAAAACCUAAGCUGUAUCUUCGACAUUAACAAAACGUAGGAUAAACUUUAUGCAUGGUGGUAUGUAUAGGUUUUAAUAUAUGAAACUGCAACCUUGACGUUCACGAACGACUAAUUAACUGUUUUCCUAAUUGGUUUACGUGAAUUGCAGAAGGAAGAAAAUGCUAGUAUUGCGUGAUUUUGCACUUACUCGUUUUGAUAUGACGAAAGAGAAAAAAAAAGUUGCGUGAAAAAAAGAUACAUUUUAUAUUUUCUUUUUAUACGGCUUAGGGUGUUUCUUAAAUGAGACGUUGAAUAACCAAAAUUUUGCAUUUGAAUUUGGUAUCUGCGAUUAUCAGGGGAAAGAUCCUAUUAAUAUUAACGAGAAGAUUAUGCAGACGUAAUAUUGUGAUAUAAGAAGAGAUCAACCAAAUUCAGAAGUGUGAACCCACCAUGCAAGUAUUAUUGUGUUGUGACAGAAGGCAGUUUUCACAGGGCAACAACAGCUGAUCAACAAAGAUUAGAAAUAUAAUUUUAUUAUAAAAAAAAUACAAAAAAAAUGAGAACUCGUACAAGCAUUUCACAUAAAGACACAAGGAUGUAUUUAAAGAAUAACGUUAAAAUGAUUACACGAAUAGAUGAUCUGCACGACCAUCUCUUUGUCUUGCGGCGCAUCGUUCUAGAGAAUUUUCUAAGGUACCAGAAAAAAAAGAGGAUACAGUGAGCAAUGCCUUCUAGCGCUAUAUAUACCUUCUUAACUUCAUAUUCCUUUUGCGGUAUAUGAAUUUGUGAAGCGUUUAGAGAGUUAAAGUUAUCGAGAUUUAGUAGUUGGAAGAGGUAAAAACAGGUUUGCGUGAUACGCGAAUUUCUAAACGCGUUUCUCGUAAAACACGUUUCAUAAUUUGUAACAAAUUACGUCGCUCCCUCGUUCUGUUUUUUUCUGCGUGAUUUCAAAAUUCUUCACGGUCGCCUCCGCAGCUGGUCAAGUAAAAGAGAUUGCAGUGCAAUGUCAAGUUUAUGAAGUAACAUUACCUGAUUUUUUUAUCGCAAAAUAUAUAUGAUUAUUUUUAAAAGAAAGGAAGCGAUAGUGCGGAGCUUUAGCAUAUAAGUCGAGUGUACAAUUAAUGACUAGAGCCAGAGAAGGCGUGUUUGAAUAGUGCGCCAUUGACAAAAGCCACGCUCCCGCCGCCAAACACGUGAUAAGGAGUACCGUAUUGUAUUUUGUUUGUACAUUUGUGUUUAAUCACCUCCAUCUACAGUUAUGUUCAAAUAUCCUAUGAAUACCUAUGUAUCUUCCAAAUAAAGAUCUAAUUCAACCCUG